AUGCGUGCCGAGGCAGCGGCCACGCGCACGCGUGCUGACAUCCUACUCACCACAGCCAGCGUGCGUGCCGAGGCAGCGGCCACGCGCACGCGCGCUGACAUCCUACUCACCACUGCCAGCGUGCGUGCCGAGGCAGCGGCCACGCGCACACGCGCUGACAUCCUACUCACCACAGCCAGCGUGCGUGCCGAGGCAGCGGCCACGCGCACGCGCGCUGACAUCCUACUCACCACAGCCAGCGUGCGUGCCGAGCCAGCGGCCACACGCAUGUGCGCUGACAUCCUACUCACCACAGCCAGCGUGCGUGCCGAGGCAGUGGCCACGCGCACGCGCGCUGACAUCCUACUCACCACAGCCAGCGUGCGUGCCGAGGCAGCGGCCACGCGCACGCGCGCUUACAUCCUACUCACCACAGCCAGCGUGCGUGCCGAGGCAGCGGCCACGCGCACGCGUGCUGACAUCCUACUCACCACAGCCAGCGUGCGUGCCGAGGCAGCGGCCACGCGCACGCGCGCUGACAUCCUACUCACCACAGCCAGCGUGCGUGCCGAGGCAGCGGCCACGCGCACACGCGCUGACAUCCUACUCACCACAGCCAGCGUGCGUGCCGAGGCAGCGGCCACGCGCACGCGCGCUGACAUCCUACUCACCACAGCCAGCGUGCGUGCCGAGGCAGCGGCCACGCGCACGCGCGCUGACAUCCUACUCACCACAGCCUGGCCUCAGCCACUGCGUGGUCCACACACGUGGAAACGCACUUCCGAAACACAAACAGGUGGAUAA